GAAUCAGAUGAAGUGAAGGGAGCUGACAUCAAACCUCUGGAAUGAUGCUGGGGUUUAGCGUAUUCCUCUGCUUGCUGGGUCUACUAAAUAGUGCUACAGCAGGAAGAGUUUGUUCUAUUCCACCCCAACUGCAAAGUGCUACUUAUAAACCUGUGAAGAAUGUAUAUGAAAUGGGAGAUUUUGUGGUAUACUCGUGCCUACCCGGCUAUGUAAGCCAAGGCUCCAUCCAGGCAUUUUGCUUAAGUGCUGGUAUAUGGAAUCAUGCAACACUGACAUGCAGACGAAAAAGAUGUGGGUUCCCUGGUCCAUUAGAAAAUGGGAAGAUAAAUCAAACCGAAAUCAACUUUCAAAGCUGGGUUACUUAUUCAUGUAAUAAAGGAUAUGUUUUGCAUGGUGCAAAUCAAAGUAUGUGUACAGACAGAGGAACGUGGACUGGACAGCUUCCGACAUGUGGACCGAUAACUUGCUCUAUUCCACCUGUACCUGAAAAUGGAAAAAUUGCCUCCGACUUUCCCAAAGUACAGAACAUAUCUUCAUAUUUGGACCUGGUUAAGUAUGAGUGUCUGCCGCGUUACGUUAUGUUCGGGAAUGAUACCGCUACUUGCACUGCAAGUGGUAAUUGGAGCGAUCUUCCUGAAUGCAGAGAUGUUAAAUGUAAUCGUCCUACAGAGAUUGAGAAUGGCUUUAUCUCCUUCUCCCCAGCUAGGAAAUAUGACCUUGGUGAAUCAGUAACGUAUGGCUGUAAGCCAACAUAUGUACUGGAUGGUCUUAGGACCUCGAUCUGUGAGAAAGACGGGGAAUGGACCCCAAAACCUACUUGCAGGGCACCAUGCCGCAUUACAACAAAGAAAGCAGUGGUAAUAUACAAUGGAAGAAAACUUAGUGUGGAUAAAAUUUCAAAUCACUUGAUACAGCACGGCGAUACAAUCGCUUAUUAUUGCAAGAAUAAAGCAGAGAAAUGUGCAUAUAUGGCAGAAACACAUUGUGUUGAUGGAAACUUUACAGUACCAAGUUGUUACAAAGAACAGUCAUCUUGGAACAUAUUUUCUACAGAUCCAUCAAAAAUGCAACUUUGUGCAAAUGCUUCUUAGCUAAACCUGAUAAUACGCAGCAAUACGACACUGUGUUUUUUAAAAAGCCCAUUAAAUUGCUAAUUAGUAAUGUGUUUAAUGGAUUGCUGUUGUUAUACUCAAAUCUUAUUAGCUUUUAGAAGAGUUGCUAAUACAACAGCUCAUAAUCCUUUAAAAAAAAUGUUUUUUGCCUUUAAAUAAUUUAUCAGUGUAUAAAAUUCUAUCAAUCUCUCAUGAGUCCUAGCAGUAAAUAAAAUGGCAUCAUGUUGCUAUAA